CCGCUCCAGCCCACGCAUCGUUCGCCGAGAGCGUAGAGUACAGCAAGAUGGCGCCUAGCACUCGUAGGGCCAGUGUCAUCCUCGUCGUGGGGAUGCUCCUCGCGUCUGCCAUGGCAGCGGUGGCGGCCGACGCAGCGGAGGCCGAGGCGGCGGCUGAGGUGUCGUGCGGGGACGCGGUGAGCGCGCUGAUCCCGUGCGGGUCGUUCCUGGUGGGCGCCGUCGCCGGGGCGCCGAGCGAGAGCUGCUGCCGCGGCGCGCAGGGGCUGCGGAGGAUGGCGGGAACGCCGGGCGCGCGCCGCGCGCUCUGCAGGUGCCUGGAGCAGUCCGGCCCGUCCUUCGGCGUGCUCCCGGACCGCGCCCGGCAGCUUCCCGCGCUCUGCAAGCUCGGCAUCUCCAUCCCCGUCAGCCCCCACACCGACUGCGACAAGAUACAGUGAGCGACCGACCGGCGGACGAACCGAUGGUGCGACGCGUGCAUGCGGUUUGGCGUGAAGUGAUGGCAUGAAAAGUGUUCGACGGAGGAGUUCAUGGCUGAAUAAAUACCACUGUAGCUACGAUACCUGUGUUUCGCCUGCCCUGCUACUACUGUAGUCAUGGUUGAAUAAUGGUCUCCACUAUUAAUCUUUCGCAUUCGUACGUACUCCCUCCGUCCGAAAAUACUUGUAAUCAAAAUGAAAAAAAAUGAUGUAUCUAAAACUAAAAUACAUCUAAAUACAUUUCUUUUUAUUCA